UUUGGACGGUUUGGGAUACAUCAACGAUGAUUCAAACACGUCGAGACACAGCAAUAGCAGUUCGAACUUUGAUAAAGAUAUGAUGGAAGCGGAAGAAGCAGAGCCGGUUGAACUAACUUCUCAAAUUGGUCAAAAUUUGGACGGUUUAGGAUACAUCAACGAUGACUUUGACACGUCCGGACACGGCUUGUCGAACAGCCAUAUCAGCCAGAAGUUUGAUGGAGAUGUUAUGGUAGCAGAACAAGCAGCACCGGAAGAACUGACUUCCCACAUUGGUCAAAAUUGGGACGGUUUAGGAUACAUCAACUAUGACGCAGGCUCGCCGAGCAAUAUCAACAGGAACGUUGAUGGAGAUGUUAUGAUAGCAGAACAAGCAGCAUCGGGUGAAUUAACUUCACAAGCUGGCAACAAUAUCGGUUCAAACAUUGAUGGAGAUGUUAUGCAAGCAGAAGAAGUAGAACUAAUCAACAAUAUUAGUUGGAACGUUGGUGGAGAAGUUGUGCAAGGAACACAGAGUCAAUUAAACUCCCAGCUUGAAAACUUGAACACUUUAGGAUACACCAACUGUGACAUAUACACCUCGAUCAACGGUAUUAUCCAGAACAUCAUCGAUGUAGAUGCCGUGCAAGCAGAACAGUAUGUAUUAACCGAACCUUCAGUACAGUAUAUCGUUGUUUAUAGUCACACACUUGGAAAAACAUGCUGAUGCGCGCCCCUACAAAUGCAAGGUGUCCCUUAAAAUCAUUUCGAUAGAAAAAAAAAAACAAAUGAUCGGGUCAUUCGAAAAUCCAUGUUGGCAAGAGAAAUGUCUAAGCAACCGUCUGCUUCUGUAACUUCUGCCCGGUGAAUUGUAUGUUAUUGAGGGUGUUAUCA